AAAAAAAAAAAAAACAGUUAACCCAAAUUUGUAUGGUAGCGUAAUUCAUUUGAUAGUGUAGUUUGCCAUGAGUGAAGCAAUGAGGCGUUGAUUUGAUAUCAGUAUCGGUGAUGAAGCAACACGAGUUAUCUCUGUUACUGUGUCUCCUAUGGGCACUAACCCUUCUCUAUGGUGAGAUGUUCGCUUACUGGGUUCCACCCCUCUUCACCUGUUCCUGGCCCCAUCUUCUCCGCAGUUCUUCUUCUUCUUCUUCAACGCAGGUUCAAACAGACAGUGGGAAUUAUCAGGGUGAUUAUGUUAAAGUGGCUGUUAUUGCAGAUCCACAGCUCAUGGAUAAAACUUCUCUCCGUCUUCCUGCAAGAUCACUUGCACUGGAACUUGCAGAAUUCUACACUGAUUUAAACAUGCGUAGAUCAUUCUUUGCAUCUGUCCUGCCUUUCAAACCUGAUGUCAUAUUGUUUUUAGGUGAUUACUUUGAUGGAGGUCCUUCUUUAUCAGAUGAAGAGUGGCAGGAGUCUUUCAGUCGCUUAAAACAUAUAUUUGGUUUGAAUGCACAAGGAAAAUACAGAGACAUGCCAGUUUACUACAUUCCAGGAAACCAUGAUAUUGGGUAUGAAAGUCUUCAUUCUCUAAAGCCAGAGGUUAUCCAACGCUAUGAGGAAGCAUUUGGGACUAGGAACUACAAAUUUACAGUUGGAAAAGUGGAUUUUAUUGCUGUUGAUGCACAAACUCUGGAUGGACACCCACAAAAUCAUCUGACUUCUCAAACUUGGGAUUUUGUGAAGAAUAUCUCUGUUGGUGAUGUGGUUCAUCCAAGAGUCUUAUUGUCACAUAUUCCUUUAUAUCGGCGUGAUGAUACGUACUGUGGUCCUCAUCGUAGUUCCCCAAUUAUCAAUCAGAGGAUACAUCAUGCCAUAAAUGGUAAUACUAAUGAGAUAUCGUACCAAAAUUACGUUUCUGAGAAGUCUUCAAAGUACUUAUUGGAUACAAUCAAACCUAAGCUUAUUUUAUCUGGUCAUGAUCACGAUCUAUGCACUGUCACCCAUCAAUCUAAAUCUGGGUCUGUAAAUGAGCACACCCUAGGUACUAUAAGUUGGCAACAAGGAAACUUGUAUCCUUCUUUCAUGCUGUUAUCAGUUGAUAACUCAACUCUUCAAAAAGCUUCCAUUCCAGAAGAGGCAUUGUUGACUCAUCUAUGUUACCUUCCAAUGCAAACACACAUUUACAUAUGGUAUAUUGUCCUAUUUAUUCUGACCCUUCUUGCUACCUUAUUUUGGCCAACAAGUGGCACGAGUUUGUGGCAUCAGUGUUGUGGUUUAGUUGGCUUUUGUAAACAACUAAUAGCUUGCACCUUUUCUAGAAGUGAAACAAAAGAAAAGGAUGAGGAUGCUAACUAUGAAUAUGAGAUGAUGUGGGAUGCGGAAGGAACAAUGCAUCUUGUAAAGAAACCCUUGAAUCCAUCUACUGUAAAUUCAAAUGACCGGGGCUUAGGGGAAAGGGGUAAUGUUGUAAUGCGGGCAGCUGCUAGAAAAAAUACUCCUCAGGAAGGAGAUCACUCUGUGAAUGUGGAUAUUGCUUCAGGCAUUGGUGUUGAUCCUGUAGCAAGAAUGCCUCUCAGAACUGGCAAAUCAAAGACAAAAAUUAUAAUCCAGAGAUUGAUACGCACACUGCGAAUGCUCACUGUCAUUGCAGCAGUGAAUGUUCCUCUUUACAUGAUGUUGCUAUUCAAGGAUUGGAUUGACAAAUAAAGAAGAAAUUCCUAUCAGAGUGAAUAUCAUUCAGGUUUUACACUCACUUUUUUUUAAAAUGAUAAUUUCUAGAUCCAAUUAGAUGUUCAAGAAGGUAAUUACUAUCAACAUGAUGUAAUUAAUCAUAUGUUGAUGCUUUUGUAUGUUUACUUGGUAGCUUGAAACUCAUCUUUAAAUUAUUCAUCGCAUGGCCACGAUCAUACGGAACAUCAAGUAUAACAUAAAUUUUGUGAGUCGAGUUAUUCUAUUACUGUUGAGAUUUCCUCUGAAGUCUGAACACUUGUUAAUUGUAGAGUUUGUUUGCUCUAAGUUUACAUAGCAUAGUAGUCAUUUAAUUUCAA